AUUGAGAAAUCUUGUGUAUCUCACCUAACGAAUGUGCAGUAACAAACACCGCACCAUGUUUUCCCCCAUGAUGCAUUGCCUGCAAUGGCUGACUGGGUCGGUCAGUAGUGAUUACUCUGGGUAGGAACAAAAACCAAGCGUUUGUACUGAUUUUGAUCUGGAAACUACGUGUUGACAAACGUCACAACAUGUCGGAUGUACAAGAGGCUGGAUCCGCUGUGGUGUCUCCUGGGGACAUGUCUAAGGAAGACAAGGAGGCCAUGCUGAACCGCAAAAUGGAGGAAAUCAGAAGGAAAAACGAAGCCCUCCUCAAAAGACAUCAGGAAGUAGAGGCUGAUCGCAAAAUUGCAGAAAAGACGGGCAGCUCAAUCCCUGUUAAGGGGGGUGCAGCAGUUGUAGUCAGCCCCACUACAAAGACUGCUGAGUUUCAGUUUCCUGAAGCCAACGAGAGAAGAAAACCUCCACCCAGAGGAACUCAUGAUGAGCAAGAUGGGCAUGACAGAAUGGACAGGAGAGGACCACCAAGGGGGCGUGGUCGGGGUCGAGGGGGGCCCAGAGGAAACUUCCCCCCCAAGUCCCCAGGCUCACAACGGAUGCCCAAAGAACAGAGAGAAACCAGAGAGCAGUGGAAACCUAAAGAACACAGGGAACCCAGAAGUUCCAGGGAGUCUCCACGGGGUCCCAAGGAUUCCUAUCCACCAAAGUCACCAGGACAGCCCAGAGGCCCAGGGGCUGGGAGGGGCAGGGGGCGUGAGAGGAGGGAGGGGGGUGGCGGCAGAGAAGACACAAAAGCCAAAGAAUGGGAAGAGAAGAGGAAGAAGAACAUUGAGCAGAUGGAAGAGGAGCUCAGACUUAUGUCCGAGUUAGAGCUAGAAGGAAAGAGACUGCGUCACUUCCUUGACGACCCCAGAAGGCAGGGCCCCCUCCCGGAGGCGGUGGAGGACCGACACCAGGGCAGCCGACGCAGUGCAAUGAACUGGGGAGGGAAGGACUUUGACGGUGUGAAGCAUGGCAUGGAGCAGCUGAAGAAGCAACAGAAACAGGGUCGAUACCCCCAACGAGGCUCUAGAGACAAGAUGGACAUGACCUUGUCCAUGACAGGUAGAGAGAGGAAAGAGUACGAGGAGUGGAGACAGGAGAGGGAACGCAUCGACCGGGAACGACUGGAGAGACACAGGACAGCGGGAGGGGAGUGGAAGAGGGAGUGGGAUCAGGAGAAAUUGGAUGGGAAUGUGGAACCUGCAGAUGUCCUGGUCCCCUCCCAGCCCACACUUGGUGCAUGGAUCGAGACCAGCGGUCGGCAGAGAGAAACAGAUUUUGAGGAAGGUGGCAAAAGGAUAGGCAGUGGUCGCUUCCCUGCAACAGAUGUUAGCCAACCAAGGAGACCUGAACGAGAGAGGAAAGGAGACAGACAUGAGGAUGGCGAGGGCCGUAGAAAGCAGCGGCGCCGCACCAGGUCCCUGAAGGGCGACAAGGCGGAGAAGGCUGCAGCUGAGGGCCUUACCGUCACUGUACAGGGAGAGAACCGUAAAGUGGAAAACAAGGAAAACAACAGCGAGCAAACCGAGGUGCCUGAUAGUCAGGAGACACCAAACGUACCCAUGGAAGCGGUGUCAGAAGACAACGGCCGUGCCAACAACAAUAACAACAAUAAUCGAUUCAGACCCAUCUCGCCCCUCACGAUGCCCCCCACCCGCGAGCCACCAUCCCCAACCAACCCCAUGUCCCCCACAUCCCCGCUGGAGCUGAGGACGCCUCCGGACCACGUCCAUGUGGCGGACUGGGCGCAGGAGAUGGGGGAGAGCGGCAGCGGCAGCCUGUCCGGGGACUGGGGGGACGUGCAGCAGGAGCAGGGCUACCCUCCGGAUGAACGCAUGGACUCUCCCUACGGGGAGGAGGAGGAGGGGCAGGAGUUUCAUGACUGUGAGGAUGAUGUGGUGGAGAAGACCAUGGAGGAACCCAAGCCACAGAGAGUGGAUUGUAGAAGAAGACACAGGACAGGUAGUGACUCGGCACCAGAGCAGGGUGCCAGUGGGGAGGAUGUCACCACAGAAGUGCCUUCCAAAGAUGAAGGUGAUGCCCUAACCCCAGUGGAGGACUGUACAGUUGGAGCAUCUGACCAAACAAAAGGAUCUGAGAACUCAGAUGUAUCAUCACCGACCGAGUCAGUCAGCACAUCUGAAGAAGUAACACCUACUAACCAGGAAGCACCUGCAAUACCACCGGCCUCGGAGCAGCUGGUAGAAAAAGACACAGCUGCAAAAGUUGAAGACACUCCAGUGGCUGAUGCUGAACCAGAAACAAGCGUGAAGGCUGAAGAAAGUCUGGCGUCUGUAGCCGAACCAGCAACAUGUGUGAAGGCUGGAGAAACUCCAGUAGCAGAACCAGCAACAUGUGUGAAGGCUGGAGAAACUCCAGUAGCAGAACCAGCAACAUGUGUGAAGGCUGGAGAAACUCCAGUAGCAGAACCAGCAACAUGUGUGAAGGCUGGAGAAACUCCAGUAGCAGAACCAGCAACAUGUGUGAAGGCUGGAGAAACUCCAGUAGCAGAACCAGCAACAUGUGUGAAGGCUGGAGAAACUCCAGUAGCAGAACCAGCAACAUGUGUGAAGGCUGGAGAAACUCCAGUAGCAGAACCAGCAGAAUGUGUGUCAGAGGAUGUGGAGAUUGGAACCACAGAGACACAGGAUGGAGAAAAAGAAACAAGUCCAAUAGAACCGACCAAGGAACAAACAGAAGCAUCCACCUCUGCAGAGGGUCAGGAAAGGGACUCUGCAGAAGUUAGGGAGGGAGAGAGCCCCCCUCCCACCCUGGAACCCAGUUUCUCUGACUGUGAGUUCCCUCUCUCUGACUGUGAGUCCAGCUCGGGUGCCAUCAACAUCAGUGACUAUAACACUGUUGCUUACACCAAGAAGACUUCUCCAUAGCAGUAAAUGCAUGUUGGUGGUAGCUGCAUGAGAGAAUUGAUAGAGGUUAUGUAAGCAGAGACUGGACACCGCUGUCAUAGAAUGCCUACAUGACAAAUAAAGGCUCAAAAAUACUUCUGCUUUUGAAGAGAAAUAGAAAAACGAACAUGAAUUAGUCUGUACAUAAAAUUCUGCACAACUUCAUCACCACAAGGAAAGUGCCAGAAGUAUUCUAUUACCCAGGUUUGCAAACUUUCAGUUCUGAUACUAAAAUAGAUUAAUCAAUUUAUGAACGUUGUGUUGCUCAAUUACUGGCAAAUAGAAUUCACAAACAUCGUGGAACAGGUGUCACAUUAAUCUUUGACUCUGAGUCUCAAAUAAUUUAGAAGUGGAAACAAAGAAUGUAACAUUAACAAAUAGCAAUCGAUCGGUUACCUGAAAGCAUGGAAUUAUGAGACAAAAACGUUUUGUAGCUUUCCCUGAGUGCCAAGUGAAAUAGAUGGGUUGGACAGAAAAAGAUGACAGCCUAAGCUGCUGUGAGACACACUAGGAAAAAUUAAAUUUUUGAACUCGUUUUUAAAAAGUACAUUGCAGUAAGGUGAAUGUAUGAAUGCCUGUGUCAUAUUGUGUGCAGUUAAGUGUUUGAAUGUCAUGCAAUUCAAUUAUGUGUCAACUUG